AUGGAUGAACGUGAGGGUUUACCCGUGGUCAAGGAGGAGCCCGUGCUCGAGGAGGCUUUGACGAAGCUGGAGAUUUCAUAUCCGAGUUCUUUAGUAUCUCCUGGAUCCAGUAGCAGUUCGGGAUCUUCGUAUCCUUGGGACGUCUCUCCGCCACCUCCGUAUCCUAUCCAACAAACUUACCAGUAUUACGAAGAACCAACUCAUUCUAAAGUCAUCAAUAUAAGCGAUGUUUAUGAGCGAGUGCAGAAUCAGAACGAAGAGAUGAUCAAUGAGAUCCAUCAACAAUACACCGGACAAUACAAUAACACUCAAUAUCUUCAAUUAGAUGGCGCUUAUACUCAACCAGCGUUUAAAGGUGACUUUUAUUAUCAAGAAUACAGCCAGGUUUAUAAUCCGAAUAACGUAGCGUAUUCAAUGGAUAAAAUAAUCUGUGAUCAAUUUUACUACAAGAUGAGACUUCAAGAUCAGCAGCAGCAACAACAACAUCCGCAAGUGCUUCAAUAUUACCAAACGCCCGAAGAUAUGCAGCUUCCGCAAACCGUUUGCUCCGAAGAUAUUUGCUCAAAACCAUCAAAAAUGUGCGGAGGAAUCCCUGAUGUUGGUGGACUGUUUACGAGAGGAUUGCGCGUUAAAGCAAAGGCUGCGGCGACGGAGGCGGCAGCAACAGGCGGGCAGUUUACUUUACUGCCAUAUUCUCACGUCCCGUUCAACCCCACGGGAGUCCCGGAGAGGAUUGGGCGGGGGCGGAGGGUUUUCGCAGGGGUUGAGGCAGGCAUAGCAAUAGGACAGAAGGAGAGAGAGACUUCGCAGGGUGUUAAGUUGUUGGCUAAGAGUGGUAAACAACAGCAGCAGCAACAACAACAACAAAUGGGAAAGAAGAAGCCGAAGAGACCGAGGACUGCUUACUCGUCGGAGCAACUGAUCAAGUUGGACAGGGAGUUUGGGCAAAUCAAGUAUCUGUGCAGACCGAAGAGGAUCACUUUGGCUGAACAACUAAGUUUGAGCGAGAGGCAGAUCAAGAUAUGGUUUCAGAAUCGCCGGAUGAAGCACAAGAAGGAGCUGCAGGCUCUGAAUGAGGCUAAGACUAAAGCGAAUCCUAAGGAUGGUGAAGGAGGCGGUGAUGAUGGAGCUGGUGGUAGUGGUAAUCAAGGCUCGAACGCGAACAUUCAGCAAUUUUUCGAUGAUGGCGGGAGCCAGGGGUACGGAGGCGUUUAA